AAUUAUACCAUCAUACCAUCAUAGCAAUCACCAUAACGCAAUGAAAUCUACACACGAGCACUCCUCCAAAAGUUCCUUCCUUUCUUUCCUUUCCUAGCUGGACCAACAAAUAUUACAGAAUUUACAAACAAAACAAACCCCCCAAUUUCCAACGCAAACAAUAAUAUCUCACCACACUACACCACAACCCCCUAAAAAAACAUCAUUCAGAUGAGCACUAACACCACCAACAACAACGGCGAUGACCCGCCUCUUCUCGGGUUGUCCCACCGUACAACCUCCGGCAUCCUCCGUAGCUCCGCCAUUAUCUUCUUCUCUCUCCUCCCAACAUUCUUCUUCCUUUCUCUCCUCCUCUUCUCCUUCCGCAUCCUCCUCGAAAAUGGCACCGUUUUUGUCACCUCCGUCAUCGACCGUGACCCUUCCGUUAAAUCCCUCCUCUCUCGCCUCGACAUCGCCGCCAACAAUCACAACAACAACAACAAUAAAAACCCGUCAAGUAAUUCUCUCUCCUCUUCUUCUCCUCUCCGUCACCGCCGUCACCGCCCCUUUCUCCACCUCACACGUGUCGGCACCUUAGACGACGAUUUCUUCUCCGGUGACGACGACGAUGAUCACCGAUCUGUCUUCUUUAAUCACCGUAAUUCCUUUUCCAAUUCUACCCCUCUUACUCUCCAUUAUUUUAACCCUCGAUUUAGGUUUUCCAGAAUUCAAUUGGAUGAAAAUGAUAAGGGUUUUAAUAACGAUUCAAUUGGUGGGGAGGAGAGAGAAAAUAAUGUUGGGUUUUUUUUGGCGGGUUUGGAAUUGGGUCGACGUGAUGCUGCUACGUUGAUAUUUCUAGUGAGUGUGUUAUCUGCUGCUUAUGGUUGGGUGAUUUUAGGGUUUGUGAUUACGUAUUCGUGGUCACUUGGGAUUGUGUUUGUUUCUGUUGGGAAUGAUUUGUUGGGGAGGUAUACGUCCUUUUUGGGGAUUGCUUGGAGUGGAUCAAAUUUAGGGGUGAAGAAGUUAUCUGGGUUUAUUCUUAUGAGGUGGGCUGUGAAGGAUGCAUUGACGCAGAUUCUUGGGUUGUGGUUUUUCGGGGAAAUUCGGGAUCAGUAUUCGUUCUUUAAGCUGUUUUUGAGGUUGAAAUUGAUGCCAUUUUCGGUUAAUUCGCCGUGGGUGACAGGGUAUGAUAAGGAGGUUUCUGGGUUUUUGUUUGCUUGGUUUUUGAUGGAUACGUUGGUGUCAUUUGUGUUUGCUGUGGAUUCGUGGGUUACGAUUGCAAAUACCAGGAGAGGGGGUGGACGUGAGAUUGUUAAGGAAGGGUGUUAUUUGCUGGCAACCAUGAUUCAUCAAUCUAUUCAGCUUAAGUGCUUGGAGUUGAUUAUGUGUGGGGCUUUUAUGAGGUGGGUUUUAGCUCGAUUGUUGGGGAGAUCGUUUGCCGUUCUUUUCCAGGCGUUGCUUGAGGUGUAUUUUAUGGUGGCGUGGUUGAUAUUUUACUUUGCGGCCAGGUGUAGAGAUGCUCGUUUGAGUGGGAGAAGGUUUGGGAGGAGGGAAUUGGAAGGGUUGGUCGAGGGCCUUAGAUAGUUGUGAAGUUGUGAUCAGGUGAGAAGAGUCACCUGCUGGCUUCAAUCUCUGUUUAGCUCUGGAUCUUUGGUGCUGAUCUUCAGGCUCAUCUUGUAAAGUGUGACCUGUUAUGCGGACAUGAUACAAGUGGCACCAUUGGUUGAUUCGGCGCCCAGCAAUGUGUUGUAUGUAUUACAUACCUUGAGGCAAGACGUUGCUCAUGUACAUUUUUGAGAGGGAUGUUCCAUGUGUAUAUUUCUUGCCAUUAUUUUAGCCCUAUUUUUGAAUUUCUACUUGCGAUGAUGCCAUAUAUAGCUGGGUCCUUCCAUGAUGAUAGUAACUUGUUGCCCAUUGUAUUCGUUCGUAGUGAAAGCUAGUGAACAUAUUAGGUUAAUCUUUGCAACUCCUUAAUCUAAGAGGGAGUGUGUGUGAAGCAUUAUUAUAUUCAGAGAUGAAUCAGGGUUUGCUUGCUUGACUGACAAUGUUGUAUCCUCAAGCUUUCACAUGUUGACUAGCUGGAUUAUUUGUAGUAAUAUUCCCUUGUAAUUGAUGAUGAAAUAUAAGGAAAAAAGUUUGGUUGCAAA